UCAACGGACAGCUUGGUCCAAUGUUUUUACUUCUACACAAUAACAUUGAGCACAGUCGGGCUGGGGGACAUGGCCAUGACUGAGGCGCUUCCCUACGUCCUCAUAAGAAUAUUACUCGUCUUCUGUGUGGGGCUAACGUUAGUAACUGCCGUCUUUAACGCUCUGAGACACUUGAUAGCUUCCAAAAAACGGGUGGUGAAUAGGUCGAGGGUGAAAAUGCAAGCAGCCUCAUACUUCAUCACCAAAGCAAAUGCGAAUAGAGUGAGACGAGCUAGCAUGAGGUGGCUGAGAAGGGUAUCAGAAAAAAGAUCAGUCAGGGAGACAACAAAGGAUCUUAAAAAGAGUUCAGAUCCGAGAGAAAUUAACGAUAAAACGAUUAGGGAUGAACUUGGCACUGUUUUUCAAGAAGAACCUGAUCCCGAAAACAGCCUUAGAAUCUGUGACGAUCUCUCUCAAUCGAUAGAUAUUGUGUCCGUGUAAUGACAGCUCGGGAGUUUCUUGGAGUUUCUGCAAAAAAA